CGCCGGUGUGACUGAGACUCUGUGCCGCUCUGUGCUCGCAGUUCAUCGGCUCAGCACGGCUCGGCACGGCUCUCCUCUUCCUCCUCUUCCUCCUCCUCUUCUUAACCUCUUCGCUGUUUGUGUCGCGGACCUUUCUUUAAACCGAACAAGAUGUCUCAGAAGAAGAUCAAGGCAGGGUCUGUGGUGGAGAUGCAGGGAGACGAAAUGACCAGAAUCAUCUGGGAGCUCAUCAAGGAGAAGCUCAUCUUCCCCUACCUGGAGCUGGAGCUGCACAGCUUUGACCUUGGCGUGGAGAACAGAGACGCGACAGGUGACCAGGUGACGGUCGAUGCGGCCGAGGCGGUCCGCCUCCACAACGUGGGCAUCAAGUGUGCCACCAUCACGCCCGAUGAACACCGAGUGGAGGAGUUCAAGCUGAAGCAGAUGUGGCGCUCGCCCAACGGCACCAUCCGUAACAUCCUGGGCGGCACGGUGUUCAGAGAGGCCAUCAUCUGUAAGAACAUCCCACGCCUGGUGACCGGCUGGGUCAAACCCAUCAUCAUCGGCAGACACGCCCACGGAGACCAGUACAAAGCCACAGACUUCGUCGUGCCGGGGCCUGGUAAAGUGGAGAUGACCUACACGCCCACAGAGGGAGAGCCGGUUAAAUUUGUCGUCCAUGACUUUAAAGACACAGGAGGUGUGGCCUUGGGCAUGUACAACACGGACAAGUCCAUCAGAGACUUUGCCCACAGCUCCUUCCAGAUGGCGCUGUCCAAAGUGUGGCCGCUCUACCUCAGCACCAAGAACACCAUCCUGAAGAAGUACGACGGCCGCUUCAAAGACAUCUUCCAGGAGAUCUACGAGAAGGAAUAUCGCUCUCAGUUUGAGGCCAAAGGCAUCUGGUACGAGCACCGCCUCAUCGACGACAUGGUGGCUCAGGCCAUGAAGUCUGAGGGAGGCUUCAUCUGGGCCUGCAAGAACUACGACGGAGACGUGCAGUCAGACUCUGUGGCACAAGGCUACGGCUCCUUGGGAAUGAUGACCAGCGUCCUGAUCUGUCCCGAUGGACGCACGGUGGAGUCUGAGGCCGCCCACGGUACAGUGACCCGCCACUACAGGCUUCACCAGCAGGGGAAAGAAACCUCCACCAACCCCAUAGCCUCCAUCUUUGCGUGGACGCGGGGUCUCCUCCACCGGGCGAAGCUGGACAACAACGCGGAGCUGCGAGUCUUCUCUGAGGCGCUGGAGGCCGUGUGUGUGGAGACCAUCGAGGCUGGUUUCAUGACCAAGGAUCUGGCCAUCUGCGUCAAAGGACUGUCCAACGUGACACGGGCCGACUACCUGAACACCUUUGAGUUCCUGGACAAACUGGCCGAGAACCUGAAGAUGAAGCUGAACAAUCAGCCCAAGCUGUGAUUGGACGCCUGCGCUGAGCCUCUGCACUCUGCACCACACAAACACACACACACACAUUCAAACAGCACAUGCUCACGCACACACACGGCCGUCCACACACUAACUAACACCAGAGCAGGGAAGUGUAUGUAUGUGUGUGUGUGUGUGUGUGUCCACACGACCCCUGGACGUCACGUCCUCAGUCAGAGGGACAGAGCAGCGGAGGACAAACAUCUCUAUUAUUGUAAAAAUAAACCACAACUGAAACUGCGACAAACUAAACUCAAACUUCACGGAUCUCGGUUUUUCUGAAGUUUGUGACUCUGUCAGUGAUCUGUGUGAAGACGGGGAGACGGAGUUCAUCGCGGUUUAUACUCGUCGUCAUGUCUCACUCAUCAUCCUGGUAUCACUGCUAUGGCUGUCGUUACUUCUCAUUUGCUUCACAACGGUUGGGAAACAGACAAUGCUAGCACACUUUCACGCAUCUUCUGCUUCACAUCCAGCUGAAGUCGCCACGACAGAUCCAACUCAAACCACCUAGGGGCCAAUGAGCAUCUAGCCUGGUCAGUAGGGGCCGGUCAAGUGAAAAGAAGUUCACCCGCUAAUGUUUAGAUGCUAACAACCGCAGUGUUCUCUGUGGUUCCUGGCGCUAACACCUGAUCGUAAACGUGUCGCUGCUUCCUCCAGAUGCUAAGACUUUUAACUUUGAACUAUUUUCAAAACAAAAGAAGAAGAAGAAAUAAAGCUAACGUAUAGCUGCUAACAAGUGUUAGCCUCGUAGCUGCUUUACUCGGUUGGUAACCGUGGAGACGACUGAAACCUCCCGUUUCAUGUCAACGUUUUUUUUUAUUUUAACACAAACCCGAAGUGAGUGUGAGUGUACGUACUGUGACUUUAACGCCAUGCAUCAUGAAUAUUUUUAUGUCAUUUUUUGCAAAUUUACAUAACGGUCACAACUCUUUUUCCUCACGCUUUUAGAUUUUUAUACUUUAAACCAGUCACAUUUGGUUAAAGAAGUAUUUAUUCGUCCUUCCUUUGUGUGUCUGUGUGUGUGUGUGUGUGUGUGUGUGUUUUCAGAUUGUUGUUGGUUUUUUAAUCGUCUCUGCGUUUCUGUAAAACGACACCAUGACUCGUAAUAAAUGAGUUUUUAAACGUG